GGGAUAUGAGCUUUAUUCUCGUAGUGUUCACGUAGAUAGCAGGUAGAUGCUAUGUAGACGCGAUAUACUUUGCCUCCACGUAGACAUAUGGCAAUACUCCAUCAAGAACUCUGCGCACAACGUAUGAGCCUCCGCUGUCUCGUAAUAUUCCGAGCGAUAUUCUGGUCCAAACCGGUGCCCACAGCUGGUAUAUGAAUUUGAAUACCCCCCUCCGCCACACCAAAUGGUCUUUAUCCUAUCUUCAUCCUUUCUGUGAGAUGACUGCAACUGGAAUCGUGCUGGAAACUUCUUCUCAUACACUACCUACUCAGGUACUCAACAGUCGAUCACAUAAAACCACCUACCUGCCUAUUUCGUUAACCUCGCAAAAUGCCAAUGCCACCUUUUAUUCCUGAUUACCUCCAGAGAGAGCUUUCAAAGCAUCGCAAUCUGGCUCCGGAAACGACGAAUUCCAUUCUUCCAGAAUUAGAUGAGCAGCUUUCCGGGUCGGAAGACGCCGUCGUUGCGAUAUGCUUUAUUGGCGGAUUCGUUGCCUUCUUCAUGGUUCUAGUCAUCUGGGACUUGAAAAAUAAAUCCGGGCCCGGAUGGGUCCGCCGACUCGCCAGCUUCUGCUCCAGCAAGGCCCGAAACGUAUUCACCAAGAUCAAGAGCUGUAUGAAGCGACGGGAGAGGACGAGGACCCCAGACGACGUCAGCGAUCCUAAUACCGUGGCUACCGGACCUUUAGCGACGAAUCAUGUUGGAAAAGCCUCCGAACCGUUGUCGGACGUUGAACUUCGUGUUAUGAUUACGCCGUUUGAGGUGCCGUUUACGGAGGGUACAAGUACCGGCGAGGGAGCGUGUGGGAUGAAUUGCGAGGCAAAUUGUUAUCGGACAUUUGAUCAAGACGCCGACGGGGGCUCUGGAGUUGGCAGACCGGAAAGAUUGGAGAGAUUGGAGGGUUCACCGACAGCCGACGGGGUGAUUAUUUGACCUAGAUGGAUAGCUUAGACUGUGGAGAUUUCGGAGCUUGUUUUUUGGUGGUUUUGGAUGGGGCAAAAAGGACUCAAGAUGUGGUCACCAAAUUGGGAUUGCAAAUUCUAAGAUUUCUUUUUUUGUUUAAGUAUUGGGUAAUAUGAUGAAAAUAAAGGAGUUGGGAGCGUAACGGAACUGGUAGAUAUCCU